CCUGCCAACCUCUUCUUCUUCUUCCUCUUGACCAUCCACUUCCAUCUCCCAUCUCCCAUCUUCUUGACUUCCCUCCCAGCACAAUACAACUAACCAACCAACGACCACAAAAAGAAACCUACAAAGAAAACACCAUGUCUCAACCAUCCGUCCAUGAGUCCAGCCACACCAACCUGCAAUCGAAAACACCAGCCAACUAUCACACCAGAACUAACAAGAAACUUAACACUCAAAAGCCGAGGACAGUCGGGCCUAAGCCGAAACACUUCGAGAUCUACAUCGACCCACACUCCACCAAUCCCGAGGCAGAUUCCGCAUCCACCAGGCUAUUCAAGCCCAUUGCGACCCCCGCCAAUCCGAACAAGACGACAGGCAAGAAUCUCGGGCUCACCUCGACGCGCAAGAAGCUGGGAAACAAGCCGCUAGAGGACAAGACGAACACGGUCCGAAAGCCGAAGACGCACCAGGACCGAGGCCUGACGGGUGAUGGGUUUCUGAAAGAGAGCGCAUCCGACGAGCAUUCGUCGCCCAGUCUCAAGAACAAGAACAAGCCCGUCGGUCAGACGACGACCGCGGACAGCGUCAAGGCCCCCGAGGUCGUCAGCCCGUCUAACGCCAGAUUGCGCCUGCUCUACUAUCGCACUCCUACCACCGCUAAACGCGCCCCUCGGCCCCCACAACCCCUCUUCGGAUCCGACCAGGACGAUCUCGAUGACUUUGACACCGACAAUCUUCCUCCUUCUCCCCUCAAAUCCGCUUCCGCUGCCGACACUUUCACACAUAAUCUCUUCCAGAAUCUCGUCCCUGAUGUCGAGUAUGGACCUCCUUCUGCUAUCAUCGAAUCAGUCGAAUUUCCAAGCGAAACCGACGCGGUCGACUUUCGCGGAUUCAUGGAGACACUUCAAGACCCGAAGCACCACCUGAUAACGUCAUUGUCAUCAACAACAACAACCAAAACGACGAUGACAGAGACGGGAGAAGAAGUGGAAGAGCAGAUCCGCCGGGUGGUCGAAGAAGAUGGCCACAAGGGCCACUGGCAGCGAGAGCCCGUGUCUGAGAUGACGUCCUACGAGGGUGUCCGGAUCUUGGACGACUUACAUCUGCCUGCUCCGGCGAGCCGAUCGGUCCGACCGACGACGCGGCAGACGCGGCCGCCCAGCUCGACGCGCCCGGCACUGGCCCCGCCUUCGAGGUCGACCGAGCCCGCUUCCCGUCCGACGGUCUCCGCAAACCCAGCCCUCCGGACGCGCUCCAAACUGGCCCAAAAUCCCGCCCCGAAUCCUGCGUCUUUGGCCCCCUCCUCUCAGAAGAAAUCGGCCACAAACCAGCCCCGCAUGGUCGCUCGUUUCCAUACCCUUGUCGACACCCUAGUCUCCCAGGAACAGGACCGAAUCCUCCUUGAUCUGCUCAGUCUUGAUGAGCAUCUUCUUGAUUGGGAGCACGGUUUGGACUCCUUUCUUCUCGACGUUUGAGGCCCCUUCUCGUUCUCUUGUUGUUGGCUUUCUGUCGUUCCGUUCUUUCUUCGGUUGCUCUUUCUUUGUCUUCCCUUUCUUGGCCGGAUUCUUCUUCGAGUCACUUCCUCCUUAAUAUCUUCCCUGCCCCCCUCUCACUUCACUGCCCGUUCCCCGUUUUUUUGUGUUGUCUCUCUAUCUCUCUCUUUCUUGGGUCCGCUUUCUUUUCCUUAACAAUUCCGCCCUCUCCCCACUCCUCCCUGUUUCGACCAUAUCAACUACCCCACAACAGCCGUCCUCUCCCCCCUUUCUUUUUUUUGGACAAGAUGUACACACAAAUGAAAAAAAAAAAAAAAUGGAGACCAAAAAAAAAAAGCUUGUUGUUGCCGGGUUAUUCUUUCCUUUACAUGUCGAUGUAGUUUUGUAGAUAGAUACUUAAGAGUAUGUGUGUGUAUAGUAAUUGAUAAUAAUAAUAAUAAUAAUACUCCU